UAAAGCUGAGGCGCGGCAGUGAGCUGGUCCACAGAGGGAUGCGCGCGCGCUCGCUCUCUCUCUAAAGCAUUAACGGGAAGAAGCUCGAGUCCCACCAGGAAGGGGGAGAACAGGGACUGGGGUUCGCUUCCUGGCUUUGAUUGGGUUUGUGUUGUGUUUGGUGUGUUCGGUGCUCUGGGCUGCAUGUGAGACCGAAUUACACACACACACACACACAAAGGCCAAACCGGAGAGAGGAUGCUGUAAGCUGUGUGCUCCGGUCCCGCCCUGCGUCUCUCUCUCUCUCUCUCUCUCUCUCUCUUUGUCUCUCUCUUUCUCUCUCUCUCUCUCUCUCUGUCUCUGUAAGAGAAGAUGAGCCGGUCUCCCACUCCUAAAGACAUGUCGGCGCAGCACAGCCCGGUGGACGGAGAGUGCGUGGUGAUGGACGCGGUUCAGUCGCCGCCGGAGCAGGUCACACCAACCAGCAGCUCAAAGACUCGCAUCUCCAGCCUUCUGAAGAGCCCCUCGUUUCGUGAGGAGUUGGACAUGCUGAUUCAGGAGCAGAUGAAGAAAGGCGGGAGCUCAUCCAGUCUGUGGGCUCUCACGCAGAUCGCUGACUUCAUGGCCUCUCAUGGCUCUCCUGCUGCACUGCCUUCCUCUAUGACCAUGGUAACGCCCAUUAAUGACCUGCAUGGCUGGGAUGGGGUUGCCAUGGUGAAGGGGGAGCGGCUAAUGCGCUGUAAGUUGGCGAGUGUUCACCGCCUGUUCGAUCUGUAUGGCUGGACUCAGCUCACUACGACCCGGCUCACGAUGCGUAUCAGUAAAGAGCAGGAGCACUUCCUGGUUCUACCUGACGGCCUGACCUACGGCGAGGUCACCGCCUCUAACCUGGUGAAGGUGAAUAUCCUGGGUGAUGUGAUUGAUCAGGGCAGCACUACAUUAGGAGUGGACGUUUCUGCCUUCAGCCUGCACUCGGCCAUUUACUCCGCCCGACCCGAUGUCCGCUGCCUACUACACCUCCACACCCCGGCUACAGCUGCUGUGUCGGCCAUGAAGUGCGGCCUCCUGUCGCUGUCCCAUGAGGCUUUGCUGGUGGGCGACGUGGCGUAUUACGACUACAACGGCGUGAUGGAGGAGGAGGAGGACAGAGUGGACCUGCAGAAGAGUCUCGGGCCUACGUGCAAGGUUCUUGUCCUGAGGAACCACGGCUUCGUGGCUCUGGGAGAAUCAGUAGAGGAGGCUUUCUACAGCAUCUACCACAUCCAGACAGCCUGUCAGAUUCAGGUUUCAGCAUUGUGCUGCGCCGGAGGAGAGGAGAACCUGAUCAUGCUGGACCGGACCGUGCACAGACCGAUCUCCACUGGCACCGUGGGCUGGGCCGGGUCCACGUUCGGUCCCAUGCACAAGACUCGGCUCGGAGAGCACGAGUUCGAGGCGCUCAUGAGGACUCUCGACAACCUGGGUUACCGAACAGGAUACGCCUACCGCUUUCCCGUCCUCCUGGAGCGCUCCAGGACCCGCCGAGAGGUGGAGGUUCCCGCCACCGUCACCUCCUUCAGCUUCGACGCAGAGGGGAAGCGGGUGCAGACGCGACCUCAACCUCACACCCACAAACAGCAGCUGGAGAAAACGCGAUGGCUGAACACUCCGAACACGUACCAAAAGGUCAACCAGGACCAGACGAGCCCCGGGCACCGCACCACGUGGCUGCGCACCGACGAGGUAGCUCAAACCGGAGGCACAGCCAUCAAAAUCGAGAACCCCAACCAGUUCGUUCCUCUCUUCACCAACCCUCAGGAGGUCCUGGAGACGAGGAAUAAGAUCCGACAGCAGAACCGCCAGGACAUGAAGACAGCAGGACCACAGUCUCAGUUAUUAGCCAGCGUGAUCACAGAGAACAGCCCACCGUCUCCAGAGAAGUUGGAGCCCCCUUCGACCCCUGAGCCGGAACCCCCGAAUCCGUUCAAUGAGCUGACGGAUCAGGCGCUGGAGGAUUAUCGCAAAGAAGUCCAGCGCAAGCAGCUCACUGAGGAUGUGUCAGGUGGGGAGGAGGUGAUGAACGAUACGGGGACUCCUCCCCCCGCUUCUUCUCCCACAAAAGUGCCCUCCCCCACCAAACCACCUGCCUCAGAGAUGGACGGGAAAACUACGGACGUCGUCCCGAACGGGAAGGAGGAGGACGCGAAGCAGCAGGAAGAACUGGAGAAAGGAUUAAAAGCUCUCUCCACCAGUGACACAUCAGAAAGCUCGGUGGUCCCGCCUACCGCCCUGCCCACCAAGCCUCCAGGCACCACCCCCGAGGGCUCGCCCUCCAAAUCCCCGUUCAAGAAGAAGAAGAAGUUCAAAGCGCCGUCCUUCCUGAAGAAGAGCAAGAAGCAGAAGGAGAAGGCUGAGGCUUGAGCUCACACUCCAACACAUUUAUACUUACUUAUACACACACACAUACACACACAUCUACCGUUCCAGUAACACAAACACUCGAUUAAAACAGUGUGUAUCCAUCUGUUUGUCCAUGAAGCAUUUUCAGAUGAUUGUUUUUAACAAGCUAAUUCUCACCAUAAUCUGACUAACCCCCUCUGACGUAACAAAAAAUCGAGCUCUUCACACACAUUUUAAACUUGUAUCACACCUGUAUCGCACGAGCAACGAGCAAGAACCCGGCAUGAACUCAGCACUUUGUUGAUUCGGAUUGUUCACUGAUAGUUAUAUUGCACAAGUGCUUGUAUAAUCCAAUGAUGUGUCAGUUUUACCGACUUCCUGUUCAGCCUUUCACACCUCACGUGAUUAUGAAUAGAAUAAACAAUUAAAAAAAACACCAAAUAAACAUGACUUUGGCUUGUAUAUGCAAAGAAAAAAAAAGCCCAACUUUAAAACAGCACUCAGACAUCCGGCUUUCUGAGUUUUAUUUUAUACAAUCAACGAUUUUUCUUUCGCAGUUGUAAUUAUUUUUAUGAUCAGUAACUCUGAUUUAAUUGCCUUUUGGUGUAUGUGUGCUGGUCUGAGUCAGUGUCAUGUUAGAAUGUAAAGUGAUAGCCUGAAUGCUAGGUUGUACCAAUCAUUAAAAAAUUGUUGAAAAGAA